AUGUCAAUACAUUCUUUACCAACGGAGUGUCUAAAGUAUAUACUUGAAAAUCUUAAAAAUCAUACAAAAACUUUACAUUGUUGCCUUUUGGUAAAUCGUUUUUGGUGUAAAAAUGUAAUUAAAUUGUUAUGGAGUCAUCCUUUUAGUCUUAUAGAAGCUGGUAAACCAAAUGUAGGGAAUUCUCUUAUCUCGACAUAUGUUUUGUUUCUUAAAGAUGAAGAAAUUGCCUUACUUUUAAAUAGGUCAAUCGACAUAUUUAAUAAUAAUCCUCCAUUAUUUAAUUAUCCUUCUUUUUUGAAUGAACUUAAUUGUUCCACUUUAACAUCUGCAAUAUUAAACUGGUUGUUUGCAAAGAAACUUCCUAUGGAUUGGAAUGAAGUUUCAUUAUUAGUUAAAUCCCUUUGUGAAUUAUUUAUGCGAAGUUGCACAAAUUUUUAUUCUUUAAAAAUUUCAUUACCAUCCUUUGAUUUUGUGUGGGAUUAUUUAGAUUUCUUUAAUAUUUUUAAUGUUCAACCUGGCCUAUCAAAUCUCACCAAAUUCCAAUUAGUCAUUGUAGGAGAAUGCAAUAUUAGAGAGAUUUCAAAUUUAACAAAGUUUCUCACUAGCCUUCCUAAAAUAUGUACAGGUGUAAAAGAACUUUAUAUAGAAUGUAUGGGCGAACAAGAGUGUUUUAUAGAAUUAAUUGCCAACAUUAUUAGAUCCCAACACAAUCUUUUGAAAAUUCGUAUCAAAUGUACACGAGAGGAUAGUGUUAAUUAUAUAAUGCCAGCUUUACAGCAUCAACAAAAUUCAUUGAAUUCAGUCCAAUUACAUCUCAUGAAUCUUGAUAGAAUUUCCUUAGAUCAUUUGGCUGCAUGUCAUAAUUUAACAUCUCUUGAGUUGAAUGGUUGUUAUGGACUUACUUUAAACAACAUAAUUCCUUUGAUGAAUGCAAAUUUUGCUAUCAAAAAUUUAUAUCUUUGGAAUCCACUAAGAUUGACAAAUGUUCAUUCUGCAAUAAUUCAAAAAGCAGGUCAGAAAUUAAGAAAACUUGUUCUUAGCCAGUUGACCAGGGAAAUCACACAAACUAUUUUAACAUUUUGUCCUAAUAUCACACAUUUAGAAAUAGGAUAUUCAGAUAAAAUAUCUACAUUUUUUAUUUCUUUAUUAAAUAAUCUUCAAAUUACACAUCUCACUAUUCAAGAAUUAAAUUCAUUUAGUUCAAAUUUAGAUCUCAUUAAGAUGUUACCUUCGUUAGGGGAAAAUUUACCUUAUUCAUUAAAUUAUUUAAAAUUGGAUGGAAAUUUUGAUCCAAAUCAGGUUGAUAAUUUAGUAAUUAAUUGCAAAUCACCUAUAAAAACAUUAAUUUGCAAAAAUAUCCGUAAUAUUCCAAAUAAGAGUAUAAUUCAUUUUAUAAAAUCAAAUGAAGGAAGUUUGAAAAGAAUUGGUGUGAUGAUUAAACAAAUAUAUUUAUUUAAUUUUAAAUGGAAUUGUUUUGAGAAAAGAAUUGAAAAUGAUGAAUAUAAAACUUAUAUGUAUUCUUCACUGCAAUUGGAUGAUUCAUGGAUAUUUUAG